AUGUCAUCAGGUUCCAACGACGCAGACACCGCUCCAUGGGCCGACUUCCUGCCGGAGCUAUGCGUUCUCGUCUUGGACCACCUAGACGUUAUCGGCAUCAUCCGCUUCCCGGCGGUUUGCUCGGACUGGGCCACCGCUUCCAAGAACACUCACUGCCCUCGCCUGCUGUCAGGCACGCCGACGCUGCUCACGUCUAGCUUGGACCCUGAAGGCUACGACAUUGAGUACGACGUGGAGCCAGGCGCCUUCGGGCUCCAUGACGUCACCACCGGCAAGUCCUGCUACGGCGAGGCCGAGGGGCUGAAGAAGCGGACCUGGAUCGGCGGCAAGAACGACUGGCUGGUGACUACGGACUUGAGGUGCAGCGUCGAGCUCCUGAACCCCAUCACGGGCGUCCGCGUCCCGUUGCCGUCCUUCGCAACCAUCCCAGGCGUCGAGGUGGUGGAGGUCCGCGAUCGUGGCCCCGGUGUCUCCUUCGAGAAAUCGCCGCACCAUUUCCAGAAGGUCACGCCCAGGUUUCGGAUGCCGGCGCACCGUCUCCAGAAGGUCAUGCUGUGUCGGACGCCGGCACACCCGAGCGGCUACCUGGCCGUCGCUCUCUUCUCCUCGGGUGACAGCACGGGUUUGGUUGCUUUCACCGCAGCCGACGAUAAGCGGUGGACGCUGUUGAAGAACCCUGAGGGAUUACACUAUCUCGGUAAGUACACGGACGUCACUGUCCACAAGGGCAAGGUGCUCGCCGUGGCCACAUCUGGAAACAUCUGCUCCUGGGACAUGGACGUUGGCACAACCACAGAGCCCACGAUUUUGCCACCACUGGACAUCGACAUCGACUACUGGGUCAAGCGCGUAUUCUACCUGGCCACGUCGAGCGGCGGCGACCUUCAGCUGGUCUGCAUGUUCGGCGACAACGAGGACAUCAAAGACACGCGCUGGUGGAGGAUAGUGUUUGAUUUCCAGUGGAGCUUCUGGCCACGCAGCGUUUUGCUCCACGAGCUCGACGCCGUCACCGACACGUGGCGACGCGUUGGGGACCUCGGCGGUGGUCGCGCCCUCUUCGUGGGGGCCAACUACCCUUUCUACGUCGACGUGCCUCGCGAUGGCUCCACAGAUCCUCUUCUCCAGGCAGAUUGUGUCUAUGUCACGGACUUGAUCAACUGUGACGCUGGCAUCUUUGAUCUGAAGCUAGGAGAUGACUUCAAAUUCAACUUGGAUGCUCGCUUCUGUUAUCCGGCACUGAGUGAUCCGUUGCAGAUGCCGAUGUGGUUUCGGCCAACUGCGGCGUUACCCAAGAGCACAAGUGCCCGUAGUAUAGAAGAGCAACAGACAUUACUAUUGUAG